CUCUCUCUAAAGACUUCUUCGUCUUUCAACACAGCAGUUGAACUGAACUGAAUCAUCUCAGUGUCUCCAAACAAAAAAAAAAAAAACAGAGAAAAAAUUCAGAAAGAUCGGUUGUAGUUCUCCGGCAAUGGGAACUCGCCGGAUUUUCAAGUUCCGGCCACCGUCGUGCAUGCUAAACAAUGCGACAGAAACGCCGUCGUUUCAGCCGACGUGAAAAUAAAAAACGACGACUAAACAGAACCCAGGGAGGAGAAAACGAAAAAAAGAAAGUUGUCAUCUUUGUCGUUCUUUUAUAAAAAAAAAGAAUUUAAGCUCCUCCAAUGGCGGCCACUAACACUAACACUAGUACAACAACAACUACAACAACAGCAACGGCGGCGGCAGCGGACACGUCGGCGGCGGAGGAGGCGGCGGCGAAGGCGGUGCAGAAGCGUUACGAAGGUUUGGUAAUGGUCCGUACGAAGGCGAUAAAGGGGAAAGGAGCGUGGUACUGGGCUCACCUGGAGCCUUUACUCGUCCACAACACCGACACCGGUCUUCCUAAAGCCGUGAAGCUCCGUUGCUCCUUAUGCGACGCCGUUUUCUCCGCCUCCAACCCUUCCCGCACCGCCUCCGAGCAUCUCAAGCGCGGCACUUGCUCCAACUUCAACUCCUCCGUUGCCAAACCCAUCUCCACCGUCUCCUCCUCCGCCGCCGCCACCUUCAACCACCGCAAACGCUCCUCCUCCUCCGCCGCCGCCGCCGCUGCGGCCACUUCCACUUCCACCUACAACGUCGUCUCCCCCCUCGCCAUCGUCGACCCAUUCUCCCCUUCCUCCGCCUCCGCCGCCGCUGCCGUAAUUCCCGGGCCGUUACUGACCUACCACCACCACCAUUUGACGCUUUCCGGUGGAAAAGACGAUCUGGGUCCUCUGGCCAUGUUGGAGGACAGCGUGAAGAAGCUGAAGAGCCCCAAAACCUCUCCCGGUCCGGCUCUUUCCAAGACCCAAAUCGAAUCGGCACUCGACUACCUUGCCGACUGGGUCUACGACUCUUGCGGGUCCGUCUCCUUCUCCAGCCUCGACCACCCCAAGUUCCGCGCCUUCCUCAACCAAGUCGGCCUCCCGGCGAUUUCCCGCCGCGAAUUCACCACCUCCCGACUCGACGCCAAAUUCGAGGAGGCCAAGGCCGAGUCCGAGGCCAGAAUCCGGGACGCCAUGUUCUUCCAAGUCUCCUCCGAUGGAUGGAAGAGAAACAUUAAUAGCUUUGGCGAAGAUAGUUUGGUGAAUUUAACGGUGAAUCUCCCCAACGGGACUAGCUUGUACCGCAGGGCGGUUUUCGUCACCGGUUCUGUUCCUUCCAAGUAUGCCGAGGAUGUUUUAUGGGAAACCGUGACCGGCAUUUGCGGCAACGUUGUUCAGCAGUGUGUCGGGAUUGUCGCUGAUAGGUUUAAGGCCAAGGCUUUGAGGAGCUUGGAGAGCCAAAACCACUGGAUGGUCAAUCUCUCUUGUCAAUUCCAAGGCUUCACUAGCUUGAUAAAGGACUUUAGUAAAGAGCUUCCUUUGUUCAAGUCUGUUACACAGAAUUGCCUAAAGAUCGCGACUUUUGUUAAUAACAAGUCCCAGGUUAGGAAUAGCUUUCACAAGUAUCAAAUUCAGGAGUAUGGCUAUGCCGGGUUAAUAAGAGUUCCGUUGGCCGAGUAUUAUGAUGGGCAAAACAUGAGGUUCGAACCGGUUUUCGUUAUGAUUGAGGAUGUGCUGAACUCGGCGAGGGCGCUUCAGUUGGUUCUGCUUGAUGAGUCGUUUAAGUUGGCUUCCAUGGAGGAGCCUAUUGCUAGAGAGGUUUCUGAGAUGAUUGGGGAAGUGGGGUUUUGGAAUGAGGUUGAGGCUGUUCAUUCUUUGGUGAAGCUGAUCAAGGGCAUGGCUCGGGAGAUUGAGGUGGAGAGACCGCUAGUCGGGCAAUGCCUGCCUUUGUGGGAUGAGCUGAGGAGCAAAGUGAGGGAAUGGUGUUCAAAGUUCCGCAUAGGUGAAGUAGGGCCGGUUGAGAAGAUUGUUGAGAGACGGUUCAAGAAGAAUUAUCACCCCGCUUGGGCUGCAGCGUUUAUACUCGAUCCGCUUUACUUGAUUAGGGACACUAGUGGCAAGUAUCUCCCUCCAUUCAAAUGCUUGACGACCGAGCAAGAGAAGGAUGUUGACAAGCUCAUAACGAGGCUUGUCUCGAGGGAAGAGGCGCACAUUGCUUUGAUGGAGCUCAUGAAAUGGAGAACCGAAGGGCUUGAUCCGGUGUACGCCCGGGCGGUUCAGAUGAAGGAGAGGGACCCCAUUACCGGGAAGAUGAGAAUUGCUAACCCUCAAAGUAGUAGACUUGUGUGGGAAACUUACCUUAAUGAGUUUAAGUCAUUGGGGAAAGUGGCUGUUAGGCUCAUAUUCCUUAACGCCACUUCUUGUGGGUUCAAAUGCAAUUGGUCAUUGUUGAGGUGGGUGUCUUCUUCUGUUCAUGGCCAUUCCAGGGUUGGUAUGGACAAGGCUCAGAAGUUGAUAUUCAUCGCAGCGCAUUCCAAGCUCGAGAGGCGCGAUUUCUCGAGCGAUGAAGAAAAGGAUGCGGAGCUAUUGGCAUUGGCAAACGGUGAGGAUGAUGUGCUAAAUGAGGUUCUUGUAGAUACAUCCUCAGUGUGACAUUCUUUUUUUUUUUUUUGUUUUUUUUUGUUUUUCUUUUCUUGGUUCUUUUCCUGAGUAGGAACUUGAAAAAAAAAUGUAGGAUUUAUUGAAUUCUUUCUUUCCCCUACUAUUUUUUCUUAAGUUGUACCUGUUUAUUAUUACUUACUUUUUAGAUGAUUUUGGGGGGCAGAAAGGUGGGAGAAAGAAAUAGAGUUUUACUGAUUAGGGAUUGAAUUUUGUAAGCAAACCUGCCAUGGCCUCAGGAUUUGGAGCAACUGCCACCCCUCUUUUUACCUUAGCAUGAUUUUCUGAGUUUUUCGGGUUUGCAGGGAAAAAAACAAAAAAAAAGAAAAAAGAAGGAAAAAUCUUGUUUGUGAAGAAGAUAGAGGAUGGUGCAUAAAAUUAGAAGUAGAAGAAGAAGACCAGGAAGGAUUGUAAAAUUUUGUACCUCAAGUACUAAAUAAUAUUUUAUAAAAGGGGAAGGUUUUUAUGU